GCGCUCCAGCGGCGACGAGCUCCUCCCCGUCCGGCUGUGUGCGACCCACGCGGAUCAACGCGGAGCAUGGGCCGGGUGGGAGGAGGUAGCGGGGAUGGCGGCGGGGAGCAGGGAGCGAUGGAGGCGGUGCGCAGCUUCGAGCGCUGGAAGAAGAAGUACAGCCGGCGAACCAAGAAGCUGCGGCUGCAGCGCAAGGAGAGGGAGCGGCCCGAGUGGCAGAAGGAGCGGGAGGGCAUCGGGCGGCUGGUGCAGCGAUACCCGCAGAUAAAUGCAAAUGAAAUAGAAAGAUUUUCAGAUUUUCCAUUAUCAAAGAAAACCCUGAAAGGACUGCAGGAAGCUCAGUAUCGCAUGGUGACUGAGAUACAGAGGCAAACCAUAGGUUUGGCUUUACAAGGUAAAGAUGUACUUGGAGCUGCGAAGACUGGAUCGGGGAAAACUUUGGCUUUUAUUGUCCCGGCUUUGGAACUCCUCUACCGUCUUCAGUGGACUUCAGCAGAUGGAUUGGGAGUUUUGAUCAUAUCGCCCACCCGAGAACUGGCGUUUCAGACUUUUAAGGUUCUGCGUAGAGUGGGAAAGAAUCACGACUUCUCAGCUGGCCUUAUCAUCGGAGGAAAAGAUCUGAAAGAAGAGUCUGAGAGAAUCCACCACAUAAAUAUGCUCAUUUGCACUCCAGGACGGCUUCUGCAGCACAUGGAUGAAACCUCUUAUUUCUAUGCAUCUGAUCUGCAAAUGUUGAUUCUUGACGAAGCGGAUAGGAUUCUCGACAUGGGUUUUGCCGAUACAAUGAACGCAAUCAUAGAAAAUCUGCCUAAGAAGCGCCAGACCUUGCUUUUUUCUGCAACACAAACCAAAUCAGUGAAGGAUCUCGCACGGUUGAGUUUAAAGGAUCCAGAAUAUGUUUGGGUUCAUGAGAAAGCCAAAUUCAGUACCCCGGCAACUUUGGAUCAGAACUACAUCGUUUGUGAGCUUCAACACAAAAUAAAUGUGUUAUACUCUUUCCUGAAAAGUCACUUGAAGAAGAAGAGCAUUGUGUUUUUUGCAAGCUGUAAAGAGGUCCAGUAUCUAUUCAGAGUGUUCUGUAAGCUUCAACCUGGUCUUCCUGUACUGGCAUUGCAUGGCAAACAGCAACAGAUGAAGAGAAUGGAAGUCUACACAUGUUUUGUUCGGAAGAAGGCAGCAGUACUUUUUGCUACGGAUAUUGCAGCACGUGGCCUGGAUUUUCCAGCAGUGAACUGGGUCAUUCAGUUUGAUUGUCCAGAAGAUGCAAACACGUACAUCCAUCGAGUGGGAAGAACAGCCAGAUACAAAGAAGGUGGCGAAGCUUUGUUGUUCCUGCUGCCCUCAGAAGAAAAAGGCAUGGUAGAACAGCUGGAGCAGAGGAAAGUACCUGUCAAUGAAAUAAAGAUUAAUCCUGAGAAGAUUACAGACAUCCAAAAGAGGAUGCAGGCUUUCUUAGCUCAAGAUCAGGAAUUAAAAGAGAAAGCUCAAAGGUGCUUUGUAUCCUACUUACGUUCAGUGUACUUAAUGAAGAACAAGGAAGUAUUUGAUGUUUUCAAAUUGCCUCUAGCAGAAUAUGCCCUAUCGCUUGGUCUUGCAAUGGCACCUCGUGUGAGAUUUCUUCAGAGAGUUCAGAAACAGUUAUCAGUGAAAGAGGCAUCUAAAGAGGGAAAUCCCUUGAAAGAGACCGAGCAGAACAAAAAUACCACCUCCUCACUGAAUAAGGAAGGAAUGGAAGAAUGCAGAACUAAUUCCAGUGAAAAGUUGUCUGUUAACAGAUCAAAGGAAAAGGAGAGAAGGAAAGAAACUGAACAAUAUUCUCCUUCUAGUGAAGGCACUGAAGGGGAUGAGUCUGAAUGUGAAUCAGAAGAGGCAUCUGAACAGGAGGGAAAAGAAGGUGCUUUGUCAAGCAGGGUUCCAGACACAAACUCCAUGCAGUUCUUUGAAGAUGAUGAUGACGAUGAUGAUACUAAAGAUCUUGAUCUGCUGACAGUGAAGCGGCGGAAUGUUUUUGACUUGGAAUCUAAAGAUAGUCCAGCACAGAAUGAGUCAAACUCCAAGAUGAAGAAAAAAACAACUAAAACCCAAGAAGCCAAAAAGAUAUUAAAGAAGAAAUUUAAAGUGAACACAAGAAUAGUCUUUACUGAAGAUGGAGAGUUAGUGCAGCAGUGGCCUCCUGUGCAAAAAUCCAGUUUGGUAAAAGCAGAUGAAGAAGAUGAUGCUAGUGGUAUCAACUUAGAUAAAGUGAGGGAGAUACUGCAGGAAGAAGACAAAUUUGACAAAGAAGAAUACAGGAAGAAAAUUAAGGAAAAACACAGGGAGAAAAGGCUGAAAGAGAAAGCAGCACGGAGAGAAGCCAGGAACAAGAAGGCACAGGAAGGAUUUUCCAGAACAUGGGCUGAGGAAUACAUGGCAUUUCUCAUACUGCAUCACUUGUGUUACACGUGUUCCUGUUCAUUCUCAGCAGUUAGCAAAGAUCUUACUCUCCUGAGAAAACGGCUGAAGGGGAAACGGUGGCUGUUCUUGCACACAGUGGAAGUGAAGAUGAGUUUGAUCCAAGUACUCUUCCAGAUCCUGAUAAAUACAAAGAUUCUGAUGAAGAACAAGAUAUGGAAAGUGAAGACAGCUCUGGAGAACUUGAGGAGAAGAGUGGAAGAAAGAGAAGAAGCCACAAUGACAGUAUAGCAGCAGGAGAAAUGCCACAGAAAAGAAAGAAGGCAAAAUUCGACCAAGAGGAGGAUCCCUUUAUGCCGCUGGAUACCGGGCUCUCUCUGGCAGAGGAUGAAGCACUUGUGCUACAUCUGCUCAAGAGUCACAGCUAAUUAUUUUCCUGCACAUUUUCUGUUUUGGGACAUAUUGAAUGCUGCUGGUAGUCUACACAAGGUGAAAAUGGCAUCUGGGCAAACUGCAGUGGCUGGAGAUACCUGUGGUCCAUGCACAACGGCCUUGCCUCACCGUAACUUGUAGAUUAUAGACAAGGUCUACUUUGAUUUAUAAGACUUUCCAUAUGAACUUUCCAACCUAAAUCCCCAGCUGUCAUCUUCCCAUAACAUGUUUAUAAUUUUAAAUCUCCAGAUUUUGAAGCAAUUCUCUUUUCUUUUUUAAUUAAUCCCACUUUAAAUAAGAACAGGAGGCUCCUUUCUUGGCUGUGUCAGAUUUGCUAUUUUGGAAGAUACACGUGUACUAAAAUUUCUAAAGAAAUACAGUUGGCAGCUCAAAUCAUCCUUCUUAAAAAUAAUGUUGUCUUAUGCGUAUCAUGCACAUGUAUUUACAGUGUUUUAUUAAAAUUCCUGAAGAUUUGGUAUGGA